GCAAAAAAUCUUGCUUUUUCAUAUGGGUCCAUGGUAUUGCUACUUCUGUGGCAAAUGGAACGCAUCGGACUCAGUUUUCCUGAGUUUUUAGCGGAUGUGACGGGAAAUUCAGCGCUCUCCGUUUCCUGCGGUCACUCAUUCUGUCGCGCGCGUCUCCUUAAUCAUUCCUUUUUCUCCCUCUGAGCGACUCCGGCUCACAGGCAGUUUUGUUCGCGAGCGACACAUCACUAAUCUCCAUGUCGAGAAUCAGAUAGAAGGAAUGGAGAGCAGCACUUCCGACGUGGAUAGUAUAGAAGUUGGCAAUACCUCAUUUGAAUCAUCAGAAGAUGACUAUUCAGAAGACGAGACGUUUGUGUCUAGAAAUGGUGAGAUAAAAUGGUCAGCCAAAGCACCGGACCAACAAAGAGGCAGACUAUCAGCGAAGUACGUGCUGAAGAAAACUCCAGGACCAACGAAACUGUGUGUCUCGCAAGCAAGCGACGUGUUGUCUGCGUUCAAAGCAUUCCUCCCGAAAUCAAUAGAGGGGACGAUCGUCACAAUGACUAACAUGGAGGGGCGAAAACGAUUCCCCAGCGACUGGACUGAAUUCACCCCAAAAGAAUUCGAUGCGUAUAUCGGUAUUUUGAUUCUGGCUGGGGUUUUUAGAUCCAAAGGCGAGACUUUUGCAAGUCUAUGGGAUCUAAAGACGGGUAGAGCGAUAUUCCAGGCAACCAUGCCUCGUGCACGGUUCAAUCAGUUAUCUUCGGCAAUUCGUUUUCAUGACAAAGGAUCAAGAUCAGCGGGGACAUCCACGGACAAGCUGGCUGCAAUGCGAGAAGUCUGGGACACGUGGUCGGCAAACCUGCCCCUGAUGUACAAUCUCGGCCACGAUGUCACCAUAGAUGAGCUACUGGUACCAUUUCUAGGACACUGCUCGUUCAAGCAAAACCUGUCGAGGAGGCGUGGACUGAAACUAUGGGUGCUUUGCGACGCGAAGACUAAUUACUGCUGGAAAGUCGAUGUGUAUACGGGGAAGUCUCAGAGGGAGGCAAGGGAAAACAAUUUCACCAAACAAGUGGUGCUGGACCUAUCUGAGGGGCUCAGAGGGCAAACCAUUACUGCUAAUAACUUUUUUACCUCCUUUGAUUUAGUGCAGAAGCUCCUCAAACGUCACGUCACGAUGAUAGGGGCUGUUCACAAAGAUCGUCCAGAGCUGCCGUCUGCCCUGUUAACAACUAAGGGCAGGCGGCUGUACUCUUCCAAAUUUGUAUUUGCACAAAACACAACACUUGUGUCCUGCAUAACCAAAAGGAAAAAAAAUGUACUGCUAAUGAGCACAUUCCACAACAGUGCAGAUGUUGUCGAUGGGCUGAAACCACAAAUUAUGAUUGAUUAUAACAAAACUAAAGGGGCGGUUGAUACAAUGGACCAGGCCAUUUCAAACUACAGCUACAAAAGGAAGACAUGUCGCUGGCCCUUUGCCCUGCUUUAUAGCAUUCUGGACAUUUCGGCGUACAAUGCAUACGUUGUGUUGAAAGAGAUCAAUCCAAGAUGGAAGGCAGAGGGACCGCUAAGAAACAGACUAUUCCUGCAAGAGCUGGGCGAAGCCCUAAUCAUCCCCGCCAUUCAGGAGCGAGUCCAUUUUCCCCAAGGCUCCAAUGCUGCUGCAAUUGUGAGAUUGUUUAAGGAAGUCCAGCCCACCGAAGCCCAACAGAGUGUAGCCCCGCCUCUCCUGGGGGGACAGUCAAAAAGGAAGAGGUGCGGCAAGUGUCCGAAAAAAAGUGACCGGAAGUGUAGCAUGGUGUGCUGUGAAUGUGGGGUAGCCAAGCGCCUGUACAGCAUGGGCUGCUAUGAGGUGUCUCUGGGUGACACCAUCGGGGUGGGAACUCCAGGCAGCAUGCGGGCGAUGCUGAGUGCUGUGAGCUCCCAGGUGCCGCUGGGCGCGCUGGCUGUGCAAUGCCAUGACACGUACGGCCAGGCGCUGGCUAACAUCCUCACUGCCCUGCAGAUGGGGGUGAGCGUAGUGGACUCCUCUGUGUCAGGACUGGGAGGAUGUCCGUAUGCCCAGGGGGCUUCUGGGAACGUGGCCACUGAAGAUGUGGUGAACAUGCUGCAUGGCCUGGGAAUCCACACUGUAAGCUUGCUGGCACACACACAUACACGCACACACACACAGUCCAUGUAUUUGUAUCUUUGUGGGGACUCUCCAUUCAUUUCUAUGGGCAUAACCCUAACCCUGACUAUGGCCUUACUUUAAUGUAUACCUAUGCUUCUGUGAAGCACUUAGAAUUGCUUUGCAUCUGAAUUGUGCUAUAUUAAUAAACUUGCCUUGAUUCCUGUUCUCUUGGAGAAUAACACAUUGAUAGCGAUGCACCAUCUUUUAAAGCAUGACAUUUAAUUAAAAUGAUAUUGAAGAUCGAAUAAACCUUUAAUGUCAUAAA